AUGCCGGGGGUACCGUCGAACAAGGCCUGUGAGCGAUGUAAAAAGAGGCAUCUCAAGUGUGAUGAAACACGCCCAGGCUGCCAGCGGUGUGCCAAUGCGGGCGUCGAAUGCCCCGGGUAUGUGCAGACGCGCAAGUUCAUAGACCAGGGCGCUUCUGUGCGUAGGCGAUAUGCCCCGUAUCAGGAGAGCGUGAGCCGGUCUGCUGGCCAAAACCUAGGCAGUGCAAGUGGUGGCCAUUCAGCAACCUCGAGCUCAACUCCAGAUCAGUCUGCGCCGGCCAGUACGAGUGUAGCCUAUGGCUCGGCUUAUCCGGCAGUCCCGUCUCCUUUAGAGAAGCCGGGAGGUGGAGAACGCGGCUUUCAGGUCCCCUCGCCGGCAAAUGGCGCGGAUGCAGCCUCGACAGAGCCAGUGCGCAGAGAACCAAUGCACCGGAUGCAAGCCCAAGGAGCAACCGAGCGGCCUGUCGUGGACAGCACGGCUUUCGACCGUGCGCGGAGUGUCCCCGACAGAAGCAUCCGCAGCAGUCCAGCGACGCCGAUGACUGCGGCUGAAGGGAUUGGGCUCUCUGGCGGUGCGUACAACGACCUCCGGCAUAAGCCGUUCUCUCCCCAUGGACAGACAUCAUCUGGGAGUCCCUCGCAACGCAGUGAGAAGGAGGAGUUCCAGGACAUCUUCUCGGAGCUUAUGACUGGGACUGAACAUGAGGUGGCGUUUCUGACGCGGCACUUUUCGGAGAUCGUAGGACCCUGGUUGGACGUCUCCGACUCGAAAAAGUUCUUUGGUGCAUACGUCCCCGUGCGCGCUAUCGGCGAUGAAUAUCUAAAGUAUUCUAUGGCCGCCCUGGCCGCGAAGCAUCUAGGAAGGAUGAAGGGCGCAAAGUUGUCAGUCGUCAGCGGGAUGUUCACUAGUCCUUCCACCAUGGAGAGCUAUCCGAACUCGUCGCAGGUGGACUGGUUUCUGAAAGCUGCGAAUUACUACUACCUUGCUGCGUCGAGCAUGGGCUCAGCGAUAUCGGACGCCUAUGCAACCAUGUCCAGCUCAGACGUUCUCGCGUUGCCCGUUGAGAUUGUGAAACAGUGGCUAAACCGGCAUUUGAAGAACCCUGGCUUGAUCAACCUCGCAGACGAGUCUGUCGUCAGUGCCUUUUGGCGGAAGACAGAAAACCUGCUGGCCGCGUCCGCGAUCCUCACCAUGUAUAAACUCCUAGACGAGCCUGGAGAAAGCUGGCAAUCAUAUCUGUCGGAAAUCCGGCCCGUGUGUGACGCAUUGCUACAACUACACACUGCAUUCUCGGAUUCCCCUCCCGCAUUCUCCCAAGGAGCCACGGCUGCUUUCUGGAACUUUGCUCGUCUGGACUACCUUGCUUCAUACUACACCCGCUCCCAGACCUAUCUGGACCACCAGAACCUGACCCUAUGGCGCGCCGCCGGCCUGCCCAUCGACAACGAGGGCAACCUAACCAACCCGCCACCCCACGGGACACCUCUUUCGCAAGAAGACCUCGCAGCGAACAGUCUCAUCUGGCUGCUCAACAAAGUCGUCAACUUCCGCAGCGAAUCCAAGACCGCCCCCUGGGACCAGAUGGCCCAAUUCUCCUCAGACCCCUCCACCCCCUCGACAUCGUCCUCGCCACGCUCGCCCCCCACCACCGCCUCCUGGCUGAAACUCAGCUUCGAAUUCCAGUCCUGGUUCGAGCGCGUGCCCGAAACCUUCCGUCCGUGCCUGCGCAUCGAGCGCCCAAGGGACGUCUCGCGGCUGCCCGACAUCGCCCACAUGCCGUUCCCCGAGAUCUUCUACUGCCUGACGACGUGCGCGUCGACCGUGCAGCAGUACCACUUUGGCCGGCUGGCGCUGGCGCUCAACCGGCCCGCGGACGCGGUCAGCGCGCCCAGCACCGUCUUCGACAAGCUGCAGUCGUACCGCGAGCUGAUGAAGGAGGCGGAUUACCGCUGCCGGGAGAUCUGCGGGAUUGCGUUGGCGCGGCCGCAGAGCGCGGCACGCGUUUAUAUGAUCCCCCUGCUUUACGCGGUGGGGCAGUGCAUGGAGAAUGAGGAGGAGAGGCGGAUUAUUGUGGAUUUGUUGCGUGGCAUUGAGGCGGAUUUGGGAUGGGUGACUGGGACGCAGGUGAGGGAGUUGGAGAGUUUUUGGGCGAGUCGAUAG